AGGAGACUCCAUGCAGAGGACGCUGCUGUCAGAGAUGGCCAUAAAGAAUCCAUUGAUGAUGUGGACUCUUGGGGUGAGUCCAUCGAGAAGCUUCUGUCCUGUAAAACGGGACAGAUGGCUUUCCAGGACUUCCUAAAGUCGGAAUACAGUGAGGAAAAUAUUCUGUUCUGGCUGGCAUGUGAAGAAUACAAAAAGAUCACGAGCGCACCAGAGAUGAUCAGCAGGGCAAACCAAAUCUACACUGAGUUUGUGCAAACGGAAGCACCCAGACAGGUAAAUAUUGAUUCUGGGACUCGCACAAAUAUUACAAACAACAUCUCGGAGCCAACCCUCAACUCAUUUGAUACGGCACAGAAGAUGAUCUUCAGUCUAAUGGCGAGAGACUGCUAUCCCCGGUUUCUGAAGUCCGACAUCUACCAGUCCAUUCUGCAAAAUCAUGGAAAGAGUUGACUUCAUAAUGACUAAUGAUUAAUGUACAUUAAGUUUAACUAUUGCUAGAAACUGUUUUUUUGUUUGUUUUUUUUAUAUAUAUAUUUGGUA